AUGACUUGUCAAACAAAUGCAAGCCGCUCGCUCGUACUCUCUCCCGAUUUCGCGGCACUCGAUGUCGCUCGGUACGAUUCGGUAAUCUUCGUGUCGUGUAGAUGCGGGCGGGCUCCGCAGCGCUGCACUGCUAGCGAGCUGUUAUGGGCCGUAGAACUCGAGUUGGACACAUACGCGGCGAUCAUAGCGGAAAUGGGUCACGUGGCGCAAUCCAUGGCUUCCGGUGGUCAUCCUGAGGGUGGCGCGCUGGUCACCAGACAUGACCAGCUGGCUGGCAGUCUGGCUAGGCUGCAGAGACUGGCUGCGAGCAGGCAGGCCGCGCUCAUGGAGAGUGUGUGCAGUGAGUCCUGGCAGCGUCUGGUAGAACAGAUCCAGUCCUGCAGCCAGCGCCUGGCUGCUGCUGCCGAGAUCCACCGCUUCCACCGCGACGCCGGGGACCUGCUGGCGCGGGCCCGGGACCGCCGGGCACACCUCGCCCCGCCCCCCACGCCCCGCGACCUGCGCGCCGCCACUGCCCUCUUGAGGGACCACGACGCAGCCGAGAACGAUAUGGUCGCUAUAGACGCGCAGACUUGA